UGUAGCCAUCAGAGGAAGUGGGGUUUCCUGUCACGAGUCAGCCAGGGAGUACGAGAAGAAGUAACUUGAUGUGACAAGCCGGAGGAAAUGUAGCUUCAGACAUGAGCACAGAUCUUUGUCUGUGUCCCUGUAGAGACACCUGAAUGACAGCAGAACAUGGAAGAAUACUGAGGAUUCAGUAUUAAUGGAAGAAGAUGAAAAGCAUACUGCAAUGCAGGAAGAAUAUAUGGAAGGUAUUGAAGUUGAUCCAGGAACAGUGCUAACCAAUCUAGAAUUAAAAUUAUUAAUGGAGGAAGAUGAAAAGCAUACUGCAAUGCAGGAAGAAUAUAUGGAAGGUAUUGAAGUUGAUCCAGGAACAGUGCUAACCAAUCUAGAAUUAAAAUUAUUAAUGGAGGAAGAUGAAAAGCAUACUGCAAUGCAGGAAGAAUAUAUGGAAGGUAUUGAAGUUGAUCCAGGAACAGUGCUAACCAAUCUAGAAUUAAAAUUAUUAAUGGAGGAAGAUGAAAAGCAUACUGCAAUGCAGGAAGAAUAUAUGGAAGGUAUUGAAGUUGACCCAGGAACAGUGCUAACCAAUCUAGAAUUAAAAUCACAACUUGAUGAUGAAGAAUGCUGUGAUACAUUAUUAGAGGAUGUUCUGGGUGACAUGCAAGAUGAAGAAGAAGAAGAGGAAAAUAUUUCAUUACAAAAUAAAGAAGAAGAGGAAAAUCUUUCAUUAAUAUCAGGAUUCAGUGAAUGCAAAUUUUCAUCCCUAGAUUCUGAAACACAUAUUGACGACAACGACCACUGCCAUAUUUUAACUUUACUGCCAAGCAACCGCUCUCUAAGAAGGAAGACAUGGAAUUCAAAAUCAUUCUCAGAUCAAGAAAAUACAUUAAACCAACAGAUGGAGAAGAAUGCAAACAAUGUGGAUUAUAAAGAACAAUGUCCAUUCCUGAAUGACAGUCGGCCCUUGAAGGCAUUCCCCUGUUCAAUGCAAGAGAAGCGAGACAUAAGGAAAUCAAGAAUAUCCAAGGACACCAAAAUAAUAUUCCUAAAGUCAUGGAAAAUAUCAUAUCAGAAAUCAUGGAGACGGUUUUGUGAAGAAGGCCAAAACAUAUUUUCUUCAGUGCUGCUUUGGAAGACUUCAAUUUCUGAUAUAGAAGUGUGCUACAACUACAGUCUGGACAAGAGGUCAGAACCGAUCUACAUGCACAUUCUAGGCAUAUUCUCUGGAACAGGGUACUUCGAGAGUUCCUAUCUGUUCUAUGGAGGUUAUACCUUGCCACUCACUCGAAGAUAUCCUUGGUACAACCUGACUAUGGCAUACAUGCUGACUGUACUCGCUUACCUUCUUUUUUGCUUCAUCUGGAUUGUGAGAAGGGCAAUACUUGGCCUCAAGCAGCAUAGAAUGGACCACAGGAGGUACAAGAUUUUGCAGAGCAUUAAGAUUUUUGCAGCCUGGGAUUUCUGCAUCAGGGACCUGAAUACUGCAAGUGUUAAACAACGAAGCAUUAGCAAUGACUUAAAGCUGGAUUUUGAAGAAGAACAAAGGCACAUUAACAAAGCGAAUAUGCCACUGAAACAGAAGGUCCUGAUCUAUAUACUCCGGAUCAUAAUGCAUCUGUUGAUCAUGGCACUGCUAAUAGGAUCUUUUUAUGCCAUCUGUAAGGCUAAAGAUAUCUCUGAGCUAAAACAGAGAGAACUAGCAUCAUAUGACCAGAAUAACAUCUUGGUACUUAUUCUGGCAUACUUACCCUCAGCAGUGAUAACGAUCUCCAACUUCAUCCUUCCCAAGGUGUUCAACAUGAUUGUCAAAUAUGAGGGCUACUCACCAUCCUGGGAGAACAAUCUGACACUCAUCAGAAGUGUAUUUUUACGCUUGGCCAGCCUGGGGAUGUUCUUCUUCUCCAUGUGGCAGCAGAUUACCUGUGGAGGAAACAGAGAAGAUAAAAACUGUGCUACCUGUGGAUAUAACAAGGCUGACCUGUGCUGGGAGACAAAAGUUGGACAAGAACUGUAUCGGCUGAUAAUAUUUCAUUUCAUAUCCACUGUUUGUGGGAUAUUUUUAAUAGGACUACCCAGAAAACGACUUUUUGAUCUCAACAAAGGAAAGGUAAUGCAGAUCAUUGGAAAACCAGUGUUUCUAAUCCCAGAAAAUGUUCUUGAUAUUGUCUAUGGACAAACAAUAAUGUGGAGCGGAAUGUUCUACUGUCCUCUCUUCCCAUUUAUCAACUGUAUCAAGUUCUUCCUCAUUUUCUACAUUAACAAGUUUAGCUUGUACCACAUCUGCACCCCAUCAAAGAGACUAUUCCGCGUCUCAAGCUGCAACGUCUUCUUCCAGUUUGCACUGCUUCUUGGUUUGGUAGUUUCAUCUGUUCCUGUCAUCUACAGCAUCUCUAUGAUUCACCCUUCCCAUGCCUGUGGUCCUUUUCGUACUCUUACAGUUAUAUGGAAGGAUGUUAUGACAGAACAGCUUUCGUCCCUGCCAGGACCAGCUAAAGACUGUUUGAGCUACAUCACGUCAAAUACCUUUGCCAUUUCACUUGUUGUCCUUUUGAGCUUGAUGCUCACACACUACAUCUCACAAAGUAAAGUCAACAACCAAACCAUCGAACAACUGAAAGUGCAUCUCAAGAUGCAAAGCCAUGACAAACUGUAUCUGGUAAGGUAUUACAGCAGCAUUGUUCGUCAGCAGAAAAUGCGGCAUAGUAUACGAGACAAAACACUGUCAUUCCCUAGUCUGUCAGGUCCUGUUCAGAAGAAAGUGGUUUUCAGUGAGACAGAAUGAAAAUCUGAAGAUGUUCUUCUAGGAGAUAACACAUUUCAUGGGAACAGUCUGGUGGUACAGAAGGAAGGGUUGCCUAUGUCCCUUCUUGUUUUUUCUUUUCACUAGUCCUGGUUAGGUUUCUCUUUUCCUGUAUUUUCCUUUGUUUCUGGGUUACUAAGUUACAAAUAUUUGUAAGGAUAUAACCCACACCUCGUAUUUUUGGCCAUGUGCAUGCCAUCUAUUGAUUUCUAGCUAUGAAUAUGUUAACAUACCUUUUUUUAAUUAGUAGAUUUUUUGAUAUACUGUUUAUUUACAUUUUUCUCAGAUCUAUGUAUACAUGAAUAUGUGUAUAAUACUUUUACUCUAUGUUAAUCUUGUAAAUAUGAUACCUUCUCUCUGUGUUA